GAAAAGGUGGAACAAAAGGGAGGUGGCUCUUCUUAGAGCACGUAAAUACUUUCAGGGUAUGAUGCCUCCAUUAGAGAUCGCGCAAAGCCCUGAUUACAUAAGUUUAUUAACCCGUUAUAUAGAAAACUGCUACGAUGCCGUGAACCAUGCGGCUUUGGAUGCCGAAUCCGGGACAAUCCUAACAGUUGCCGCGUCCGAUGUUUUCGGGGGCUAUCUAAAAAUGGUCGGUUUACCUGUGACGAAGCUAGCUUACUACAACGGCGAUGUACCCACAAAAGAUGCCAUGAAGCUGUUUAAAUACUACAAUGAUAUUAAAGACCAGCUGCAUACGAAUGGUAAAGGCUGGUCGGAGCCGCCUAAAAACAUUCCUAAACUUCAAAACGCUCGUGGCGUUCGAUCAAACACGCCAACGCCGAGAAUAAAGCAUCCUUGCAAACGGCUUUUGUACUUGAACACCGAUCAAAAAAAUGUGACUAUGCCGCUACCGUCCAUAGAUUGGAAGACGCGUACGAUGUUUGUACCGUUAAGGAACCAGCCAAAACCAAUGGAUUUAAAGUCUCCGCUCGUCAGCUCAGUCCUGGGGCACUUCCACCAGGUGGCCUCGGCCUGCGAGCGCUCCAUCAAUCCCGAGCGCAAGUACUUUCAAGGCUCGUUCGAAGAAUGGGUGAACCAUGCCGUAGUUCCACAUCUCAGCGAUGAUGACCUGUACACGGGUUUCAAAGGCAUUUUAUCAUUAAUAGAUAACAAUAAUCUAUUAGCAAAUCCUGAAUGUAAAAAAAUUGAAUGUAAGAAACAGCACAGCUCCUUUCUGAAUAUAUUCCAUAACAUGUCAAAGAAGGCGAUGGUAAUAGCAAUCAUAUUGAUUCUCGAAUUAAUAUGUUGUAUCCCUACUCUCCUGUAUUGCGUAAUGAAAAAGAAAUGUUCUUUAACUAAGUCGCCCUCAUUGAAUAAGGUUCAUAUACAUAAUAGAAAAGGUGGUAACAAACCUGUUUUUUAUGAGCUCAGCACUUCACCGAGUUCAUCAUUCCAUAGUGAAACUAAGAUUACUUCGAGGGUGCAUUCUAGUAACAGCAAGAAGUUUAUGAAGAACAAGGUUAGCUCCGAACUGUCUAAUGCUACGGGUUCCCGCCGCUCAUAUUCCUCAAUCGACGCGUCCACCACGGCAGACGAAUCCCUUCCUAUAAUAAAAUCUUCCCAUCAAACGAUUAUAUCACCAAGCAAACAAGCUCUCCGAUACAAGGAUACUGAAACUGAUGAAAUUGACGUUGCUCAAAUCCAAACUCAGGUGUCUAAAACAUGGCUACCUAGAAGUUCAUCCAGUACUGCAAAACACACCGAUGAUACCGGUGUAACGGUUACUUUAUCAUCAGUGCUUCCACAGGAUAAAAGCACUUCCAAAGUAUUAAGAAAAUCAAAGCGCUUCAAACCACGACAUGUUGUACCAUCACUCGGCACUUCUAAUGCCAAUUACUCCUCAGAAAACAUCAAGGAAAAUCAGGAAAACAACAUUUCCACUGUCAAGGAACUCAAAUUAGAAUUAUUCGAUGAUGGAAUGGAUAGUUUACCUUUUAAUACUCUGAUGGUAUGUAACAGUGAUAAAACUAUCGAAUUCGAGUCACCUCGCGCGAGCAGAACUCAUACUAAAAAUAGCGAAAUUGAUAUCAAUCGAUCAAUGAAAGAAAAGGAGAGCCAAAAAAGAGUGGAUAAAUACAGUCGGCCGCGGGGUGAGAAAUCGAGACACACAAUGAUUAAGAAGCCUGAAGUAACGCCACCGAAAAAAGGAAUAUUAAAGUUUGAUAAAACAAAAGCAAGCAAGAUUCCGAAGAUAAUUCAUUCACCGAGGAGUACACAUGUAUGUUCUGUACCAAGGUUUAAAAGACUAGAUCCGGAGAGUGGUCGUAAGAGUAUGAUCCCGAAAGCGCGCCAGAGCAUUCCAGAGCGCGCGCUGGACGACAGUGCGCUAGCCAGCAGCAGCCCGAGAACAGGGAAGUUGAAUGUUACUCUGUAA